GCUUGUUUCGCUUGCGUGAAGGGAAUUUUGUUUGAGUGACUGUAUUGAUGUGGAUUAUAGGAUUGUAACUGUGUUACUUUUUCUGUACUUAAGUAUAGAGAUUAUUACUUAAUUCAUUAGGUACUUGUUACUUAAUAAAUCCAAAAAGACAAUACCGAAAAUAUAGUAGUAAAACUAUAUAACAAAGUAUUAAAUAAAUGCGAAAUGGAUAGCGAAGAAGUAGGAAAUGAUAUGGUGAGAUUGGAUAAUAGCUUUUUGGUCGACGGUGACACUUACGUUUUUGAGGAAGAAAACAAUUCUGAUUCAAAUUGUGGUGUAGUGUGCAAGAAUGUUCCUCUGAGAGAACAGGACCGCUUUUUGCCAAUUGCCAAUAUUGCUAAAAUUAUGAAACGGGCAAUUCCUGAGAAUGGAAAGAUAGCAAAAGAUGCACGAGAAUGUGUGCAAGAGUGCAUAUCGGAGUUUAUUUCAUUUGUCACAAGUGAAGCUAGCGACCGAUGUCAGGUGGAGAAACGGAAAACAAUCAACGGUGAAGAUGUCCUGUUUGCUAUGAACGCCUUGGGUUUUGACAAUUAUGUGGAACCCUUGAAGUUGUACCUGAAGAAGUUUAGAGAAACUGCCCUGUCCCCUGUCACACUUCACAAAUUAAACAAAACCAUAGUUGUGUAUAGUGAGGAGGAUUGUUGCACUACAGCCAAUGCCACAGAAACAGAGAGUGAGGCAGCACAAGCAGAGGCUGACUAUGUGUUCUAUGCGUAACGCAAGUAUUUGGUCUGUGCUAUGUAUAACACAUUUAAAUGACUGUACCAAGUGUUCUAUAAUGUCACACAUAUUAUUGAGCGCCUUACCAGAUAUUCGAAUAUAAAUAUUUUUUUAUCAUGAUUCGAUUGUAUAAUACAUAAGUGCAAUUAGUGUCAAUUUUUCCCACCACUUCCAUAUAUUUCAGUAGUAAUUCUUGUUGGUUAAUUUAAGAUUCAUCGUUUAUGUGAAAAAUUUAAGGUAUUAGCCAAUUGUUUAAUUUUUGAAAUGAUAAAUCUCAAUCGUUAUCAUUUUGUCAUGAUUGAAAAAAAAAAGUUACCUAUUUGUUUUUCUAAAAAAUGUCGAAAUCAUUUUUUAAAUUUUUGAAGACAUAUAAUGUUUCGUGAGUUCUUCCCGCGUCAUAAUAGCAGAUGUAUAUUUUUUCUUAAACUAUUUAUCAUGCACAACAUUUUUUUUUUGGUAAAUCUAUAUUCGAUUAAAAAACGUUGGUCUAAAUAAUAAUAAACAUAAACCAGAUCGAAAUACACAAAAAUACUGCGUGCAUAAAUUUGUAUAAAACCAGUGGCGGACACCUGGAGGCUGUGUCCUUAUCAUGUCUAAUUAAGUUUUGGUAAUAAAAGUAGUUUCUAAGAAAAA